AUGAUUUCGGUUAAGAUAAAAUUCUUAUUAAGAUUAAAGUUUUGCCUUCUUUUCUCUUAAUUAACUUUAGUUAAGGCAAUAGGAUGUCCUUUUUGGAUAGCAGGAUCCUAAAGCUACUGGACAUAAGUAAAAACUAUGAUACUUUUGAAAUCAGAUCCUCAGCAAGAUUUUCAAGAUAUUGCUGCAGUUGUCUACUAUCCUUUCACUGUUGGCAUUUUUAAUUUCCGUAAAAAUAUUAGGUACACAACCAUCGAAUACUCAGAAGAUGUUCAAUUCUAUCAAAUUGAUAAAGAUGAUAGAUAAAACCUAUAAGUCUCUGUGAUUCAUACCCUAGAUGCUUAGGGAAGAAUUAUUGGAUGGAACUCAGGAAAUGGAUCAAAACUGAAUACUCUUUAAAUUCCUUCCUAAAUUUAAGUCAAUCCUUAAUCAUGUUUGAAUUCUGAAGAAUUAAUAGUUGUGACCUGGGACACAUCAAAUCUGUUUAUCAUUGAUUAUUCUUCUUCAACCAUUUCUGAUUCAAAAAUAACUACAAUUUAGCUCAAUUAAACAUAAAUAAUUCAGUGUGUGAGCGAUAAGGCAAACAGAAGAUUUUUGCUUAUUGAUUCAUAAGGUGGUCUAUACGCAUUUGAUGUUAAUAGCUAACUUUUUUAAAAGCUAUUUUAAAUAGAAAAAUUUCUUAAUUUUUAAUCAAUUUACACAACCAAAAAUUAAAUUUCUAUAUCUUAUGCUUCAUAAAAUGGGUCUUUCUAUGUGUCUUCAUAUAAAAAUUCAGUUCUACAGUUUUAGAAUACUUUUCCUUCAGUUUCAAUAUAGGUAUUGGUAAGCUAAGAAGAAGACUUUGUCAUAAUAAUAGGAGAGUCGAAUUUAUUUUAGGUAUGGUCAAUCAAAUAAAAUAUCUUAGUAUAUUAAGCAGAUUUCUAAAAAAUUUAUUGUGAUCAAAGAGAUGCAAACUAAACUUCAGUAGAUUCUGCAAUUGAUUUUACUUUUGGAUCUAUCAAUCAAAAAAACCAAAUAUCAGCUGUUUCUAAAAAAUACAUAUUUGUAUACUCAUUAGAUGAGAAAAGUCCUCUUUUAUUUAAAAAUUAAGCGCUGAAGGUAACAACAUUUAAAUGGAUGCAAGCUUUUGUAGUUGAGAAUUAAGUUGUGGUGUGUUAAGAAUAAUCUGUUUCUACUUUAGAUCUCAAGACUUCUAAAUUUAUUUACUUCAUGGACUACUUUGAAAUGGCUUAAUCAUCUUAUGAUGUAGCUGUAUAAAUUUAAAUUGACUCCGAUUUUAAUAGAAUAAUUAAAGUUGAUAAAGCAGGAACGAUAUAGUACUGGUCAUUGUUUGACAACUUAUUAGAAAAAUAAAUAGGCUAUAUUAGCAGUUAAUCUGCCUUUUUUAUUGAUAAAUCAAUCAACAAACUCGUACAAUAUUAAACUUAUACGAUCACUGGCUAAACUUUGAUACUAAUCUAUGAUUAUACAUUCGGAAUAUUAAUAGAUAAUAUAAUAAAUCCUUUUGGAUAGAGCAAUCUUUAAGAUUUUGUACUUAUUUAAGACAAACAGAAUUAGCUUAUCAUAGGAUUUGUAAAGCAAACAACAUAAUAUGUAAUAUACAAGCUUGAUAGCAGUUUAGAUCACUCACUAAUAUUUAGCGGUGUACUUCAACAAAAUGGAUUUAUAGAUGGUGAAAUUAUUUUGUUAGAAUAAAAAUAACAAAUCUUAAUAGGAGUUAAUGGAUAUCUAUCUUUAUUCAACUACUAUUAUUCAAGUGGGAAUAGUAAUUAAUAAAUAAAUUUAUAAAAUAAUACUGAUUAGGUGAUAUCAUAUUUUUAUCUUAGCUAUGCUUAAACUCUAAUUUCUAUCAAACAAUAGAAUAUUUUGAUAUACCAAUAAGAUAGUAAUACCUUUAAUUUAAUCAAUAUUCUAAACUACAAUGUAGGAUAACCUUUACAGAUAUCUUUAGUAGAUGAAAAGCAAACACUUGUUUUAAAUAAAGGAAAUCAGCUUCGUUUUAUGAAUUAUUAGAAUUAUAAAGAAUAAAUAUUGAAUCUAAAUGAUUAAUUAGUGUUAUUUUACGCUUUUGAUGGACCUAAAGGCUUGCUAAUAGCAGUAUUAAGCAAUUCAAAAAUUAUUGUUGUAGACAUUGGUACUGCAAAUACUCUUAAUUAAAUAUAAAUAUACUCUAAUACAAUACAAACAGUUGACAUUUUUGCAGACAAAUAAUUAGUUAUAGUUGCAUAUAAUGAUGGAUAAGUCCUUUUAUAUAACUAUAUAAAUAAUGCAAUUCAAAGUUUAUUCAAUAAUGGGUAUUAGGCUGAUGUUAAAUAUUUAGACUCAAAAUAUAACACCCUUGUCCUAAAGUCAGAUUUAUACAUGUUUACAAGAACAGUGACAGAUAAUUGCUUAAUUAGUUAAAUAGUUAGCCCAAAUAAAUUAAAUAGCUAUUAUAUAGAUGUAAAAAAUGGUUUGACUCUAAUGCUAUCAAGCUAAAUAUAGCUGUAUAAUUAAAUAAAAUAGGAAUAUAUUUCAAGCUCGCCAACUAGCAUUGAUUUAACUAAUUCUUAUAUAAUAUAUUCCAUACCAUCUCAAAAUUACUUGUUUGUUGGAUUCGCAAAUCUAACCUCCAACUAAGUAAUUGUAUAUGAGCUUGAUACUUAUAAGCAGAUUGGCAUGUUGAACCAUAACGUCUCUUAAUGUGUCAAAAUAAAUAACUUUUUCUAUGAUGAAUAUUUAAAUAGACUUUUUGUAGGUUGCUUUUCACCUGGAACUAUAGUUGUUUGGGAUUUAUCCAAAAAUUUUUAAUUAAUUUAAGUCCUUGAUCAGAUAGAAUACGUUGAUAGAAUUACAGGUAUAGCUUUUAAUCCUUAAGCUUAGCUUAUCAUGUUUCUUGGGUGGGCUUGGUGGUCAAGAUCUAUAGAUUAUUACACCUUAAAUCACAGGUGCUGGAUUGCAGGAUUAUUUGGGAACUUUGAUCAUACAAACAAAUUACAAAUACUAUGGGAUCACAAUGGAAGCGUUAGAAUUUAUGAUUAUAACUGCAUAUAUUUAGGUUAUAUAAGCGCUCAUUAGAACUGGAUAUAUUAAGGUCUAAUUGAUGAAUAAAAUUUAAUUCUAACAACUAUAAGCAAAGAUAGAUAUGUAAAAACUUGGAAUUAUAAGAAUGUGGAAUAUCCUAAUAUAAUGUAUGAGAUAUAACUUUAAAAUCCACUGUAUGAUGGCUUUCUUGACAAGGAUAAUAAUUAUGUUUUUGUAUCAGAUUUUAAUGGCUUUAUUUAUGUAUUAACAUAUCCAUAAUUAAUCCUUGUUAGAUAAAUGCAAGUGACUAAUUCUUAAAUAAAUAAUCUUUAUUUUGAUUCAAAGCACAACAUGUUAAUAUUUGGAAGUUUAGGUUCUAAUACAAUUGGCUAUUAUAAUCUUAUUUAAUUCAUGUAAUCAAAUGCUUACACUUUCUCUUAUUCAUAUGUAGGUGUGACAUCAACUCUUUAAACAUAAUCAGGAAUAAUAUUCUAUCAAGAAGGCAAUGUUGUUUAGCUUUGGGAUUAUAAGUCUAAGCUAUUAAGAUAUGGAUUUUAUGUUGCAGACUUAUAUAUAGAUGUCUAAAGUGAAUUCAUCCUUAUCGAAGGUUAAACUUCAAUUGCUGCUUUACUUACUCGUGAAUAAACAGUAUUUUUUGAUAUAAAUACAUUAUCUAUAAUUAAUGUCUAAAAACAAAAAUGUUACAGAAAUACCCAAAUACAAGGAUAUUUGAUUUGUUCAAAUGUGAAUUAGAUAACAAUUUUAGAUGUGAAUGAAUAUAUAGUAUUUUAAUAAAUUUAGAUUGAUAAAAACUCUUCUAUUAUAGAACUUAAAGCUAUUGUACCACUUAAAACUUUUUUUGUAACUACAACUUAAGGAUAGGUCAUUGGGUAUACUCUUAAUCUUUCUUCAUUAUAGUUGCAAUUCAACUAAAUAUUUAAUUUAUAACUCCUCAGUGAAGCAAUAGUAAAUAGCUUAUUUAUAGAGUAAUCUGAAAGCUAUAUUUUAAUAGCUUCAUCUUUGAAUGGGUAAAUAGCUUAAAUGGUAUUAUCUUAGGAGCUUGUUAUUUUAAAAUAAUAAACACUUUUGCUAUCUGGAAUAAGCUCUCACGCUCAUAUACUAUAAUACUCCAAUGGUUAUGUAUUUAUUAAAAGAAUACAAGAUUUUUCAUUAAAUUUAUUCAAUCCUUAUGAUUUGACUCUAAUCAGCUAAGUUACUAGUCCCUGUAUCGGAUAUUCUUAUAAACUUGAUAUAAACUUAGACCUUGAUUAUAUUAUCUAAAGUUGUCUAGGAAUUUAUCAAAUUAAUAAAUUUUCAACUUUAAAAUUAGUAUCUUAUGGAAGAUUUACAUCUACCCUUCUUUAAAAUCCUACAAACCCCGUAUUUACCCCAAUCAACAACAAAAUAAUUUUCAUCAAUAAAGAUUAUUUUAUUGAUGCAUACACUUAUCAAAUAUAGACCUAUAGAAUUAAUAGACUCAACUAAACAAUAACUUUGUUAGGUAUUUAUUCAUCAAACUUCUAGAUGCUUGGAAAAGUAGCAGAUUAUUAGAUAUUUGACACAUAAGAAAAUAUUUAUGCAUAGCUUAUUUUAUACUCUGGAUUUUAAAUAGCUUAAAUAUAACUUCCUAUAUUUGGCUAGUCAAUCUGCCAAGAGGAUAUUACUUCAGACUAAUUUGCUUAGGUAUUAUAAUCUAUUGAAAGUAUUUAUCAAAAAAUAUAUAACUACUUUCCUAUUUAAUAACUUAUCUUUAAUGUAUUGAUUGAAGGAUAAACAAUUUUACCACCUUUUCCUCCUUUUUAGUUCUCAAAUCACUCACAAGUGAACAUUAUUUCAAAGAAUAACACAACACAAUACAAAAUAAUUGCCAGUGAAGACCUAUUUACUUCGUUUUCAGGAUAUAAUCUUGUAUCUUUAAAUAACUUAUAAAUAUAACCAGCAACUUCUUAAAACGACUAUAUCCAAUUUUUAAUUCAAGAAAUAUAAACAUUUGAAAUGAUUAAUGUUUAAUUAGUAGGAAAUUAAAAGUUAUUUAGUUUCUAAAUAAGCUCUAUCAAUAAUGUCUUCUUCUAGUAACUAACUAUAUCUGGAUUAAUUUUAAAUAGUACAAAUUUAAUAAAUCUAUUUAAUAUUACAGGAGUAAAGUAAAUAACACUUUAAUAAAUAAAUGUAUUUUAAUCAAUAUUUAAUCAAACCACCCUCUUCUAUUUCCAAGAUGACAUAGAUGUGUAAUAAGCUUCAAUAAACAUUGAUUAGAUAAAUAUUACAAAAUGUCAAUUUAAUUACAUUUCAGACUCUUAAUAUGUUGCUCCUAUUUUUAUUUCUAAUUACUUUAACAUUUCUUUUUCAGAUAUGAAUAUCAAUGCUAAUAGUGGUGUAUCUUUGCCAUUAAUAAAAAGUUACCUAAUUUAAAAUCUAUAGCUUAAUAACACUCAGUUUACAAAUAAUUAAAACUUGAUGUUCCUUUAAUAUAAAAAAAGCUUAAAUUUAGAAAAAAAAUUUUUUGAAAUUAAUUAGUAAAUAAAUGAUGAUUACAUCUAAAUUUAGAAUAUAACUUUAAGCAAUAAUACAUUUAAUGAUAUACAGUAGUAUAAUGCACUAGAAAUUAUAAGUCAGACAUUGAAGAUCACUGAUUUUUACAUCACCUAAAAUAGUGAUUUUACUAAUCAAAAUAUUAUUGUCUCAAUAAAAACAAUUAGCGAUUUUAAUCUUGAUAAAUGUGUUGUUAAUUUAAAUUAAGGGUUCUAUAAUUUGGCUGUUAUAUAAAAUUAAAAUUAAGGUACUCUACAAAAUACAGAAAUAACAAAUAACGAUGCAGUUUAGGCUUUAAUGAUUACUCAGUCAAUCCUCUAAAUUUUAAACUUAAAGCUCUUGAACAAUAAAUCAAGUGGAUUAAAUCAAUUGAAUUCAAUUGUCAACAUAGACUAAAAAUCAUUAGUUAUUAUAAAAAACUCAACUUUUAAAAAUAACUUAGCUAAUUAAGGUGGCUCGAUAUUUUCAUCAUAAAGUGAGCUAUUAAUUGAAGGUUCUUUUUUUGACAGCGACUAAGGUUUAAAACAAGGAGGAUCAAUAUAUUCUACAUACUCUAAUUUAAAAAUAAAUGAUUCCUAGUUUUUAAAUUCUAAAUCAAAAAAUGGGGGAAGUAUUUAUUUUGAAAAUGGAAGCUUGAUAUUAUAUAAAAUAAAUACUCAAAAUAGCUAAUCUGGUGAGAGUGGAGGAUUUGCAUUUAUUAAUUAAGCUACCUAAUUUUAAAUCUCCAACUUCAGCUCAUAAUAUUGUAAAGCUUUUAAUGAUGGAGGAGUUUUGUAUAUAACCCAAUCUAAUGGAAAUAACUCUUAUAUUUUGAGCUCUAUUUUUUAAAAUAGCUAAGCUUUAGGGAGCGGAGGAGUUAUUUUACUUUAUGGUUCAGAUAUAAUAAUUUCUAAAUCAAACUUCAUAAGUAACACAGCCGGAAUAGGAGGAGUUAUAAGGUAUUUUGAUUUAAAGCCUUAGUUUUUAAUUGAUAAAGGUAAUUCUUCAAGAGAUUCUUGUAAAACAUUUUGUUAGAAUUAGUGCAAAUCUAAUAAAGCUAUUAUCUUCGGUGAUUAGAUUGCAAGUUAUCCUUAAUUUGCUUCUAUUUUACCAAGUAAAGAUUUCGAUGUUGAUAUUAAAAAUUACCCAAAUAUUACCUUUAAAAAUUUUAGAAGUGGGUAAAGUAACUUUGACUUGACUAUUUAAUUUUUGGAUGAAUUUAAAAAUUAAGUCAAACAAAUAGAUUUAUAAAAUCAAACUUUGGUUAGUUAAAUAAGUUAAGAGUUAUUUUAAGAAAUAAGCUCAUAUAAUUGUAGGAUAAAUAUUUAACAAAGCAGUACAUUUUUAUAAGAUCAAAUUGUGAAAAUAGAAGGUGCAACUUUAGUUGAUUAUGCUUAUUACUCACCUCAAAAAAUAGGAUGCUUUAUGAAUAAUUUUAAAAUUACAGGAGUUCCAUCUAAAAAUGCUACUAUAUAGCUUUCACUCAAUGGAAUGAAGACUCUAAAUAGUACUAAUCAAUUUAUUAGUGUGGAUAAUAUAGAUAUUUCAAUAUAUUUUAGAAGUUGUUAAGUAGGUGAGUACUAUAAUUCAGUAUGCUAAGACUGUUAAUUGUAAGAGUGCGUUUAAUGUUUAAAUGGAACCUAUUCUCUCAUUUAUCCAUAAAUAGGAGAUGAAAUUUAAUGUAAAAGUUGUGACAAUUAAAAAGCUAGUUUUUGUGAGCUAAACCAAAUUGUGUUAAGGGAAAAUUACUGGAGAUAAAGUAACAAUUCUGAUGAUAUAUACUAAUGCGAUUAGCUUUCAAACCCUUGUAAUGGAGACUCAACAAAAGGGUACUGUUAAGAGGGAUACACAGGGGUUUUAUGCUCAUCAUGUGAUGAUUAUGGGUAAGUAUGGGGUAAUAAAUAUGGAAAAGUUAGUGAAUUAGGUAAGAAAAGCAUUGAAUGCUCUUUAUGCUCUUCAAUUUAAAAUAAUUCAUUUAAAUAAAUAUUAUUACUCUUAGGAAUAGUACUCUAUCUAGUUUUUUUAAUUAUAGAAUCUUAAAACAGCAAUUGUAAAAUGUGUCAAAUUCGUAUUAUAUCCUCACUUAAUAUUCUCUAAAUGGGAGUAUCAUAGUUUAUACUUUAAUCUACAGUAAUAUCAAAGAUCUUUAUAAAUUAAUUUUAUGUAAUCUCGGCUUUGAAAUCUAGUAUUGGUUUUACAUUCCCUGGAUUAUUCUAGAGCUUAUUUACCUUUCCUCAAACGACUUCAUAACCAAUAUUGGUGUUUUUAUAUUCAAUAGACUGUAGCUUGAGUUAGUUAAAUUCCAACAUACCAAUCCAAUACUUGAGAUUUAUAUACAUCUCAAUUGUGCUUCCAUGUGUCUUUUUGCUACUAAUUUAUAUUUCUAUUAACUUAAUUUUUAUUGGAGUAUAAUAUUUUAUGCCAAAUCAAUACUAUUAUACUUAAACUAAAUUUAAUAAUGCUAACAUGGCAAUUAGUACUAUAAUUGUAUUCAGUUAUAUUGCUUCAUAGAAUAUUUACUAGGCUGCAUUAGAAAUUAUUAUUUGUGAAAAGUUUGGAGAUACAUACUACAUGAAAAGUUAGAUGGACUAAGAAUGUUAUAAUACUGAGCAUAAAUUCUACAUAGUAUUUUUAAUACUUCCUAUUUUAGUAACAGUCAUAAUUAUCUAUCCUAUAACUAUGUUAUAUGUAUUAUGUAGAAACCAUUCUAAAAUGUUCAACAAUACUUCAACAAAUGUUAUAAGAAGGUAUGGUUAUUUCUUCUAAGGCUUUAAAAGAAACAGAUGGUGGUGGGAGUUUAUCAAAACAUGGUAUAAGGUUUUAAUCUUAUUUUUGUCAACCUACUACAAUAGUUAACCUUAAAUUUAGUUGACUACAGUUAUAUUUGUAUAAUCAAUCUACUGCGCUUCUAUAAUACUCUUUAAGCCAUAUUAAGAUCGUAAAAUAAACAAGUUAGAGUCUAAAUCAGCCACUUAUGUUCUCUUAAUAUUUUGGGUUGCUUUGUUUGAAUAGUUGAAUGAUGAUAAAAUGUAUCUUAGUUUUAUUUUUUCAGUUACUUUGGUUGUAUUAUUAAUAAUGAUGUUUGGAUAAUUAGCAAUAAGUUUUAUUGGUGUAAUUUUUAGAAGAAAUUAGUAUUUCUUUUUAAAAAGUAAGUGCUUUCUUAAGAUAUUUUAAUGUGUAUCAAACAAAUUAGUAAAUAACUAAUAAUGGGCUAAAAAGUACUUGUAUAAAAAGAAUUUUUUACUAUACAAUUUACUUUUUAAUUAAGAAUAUGAUCCUUUCAAAGUAUUUAACAAUUGGUCAAAAUUAAGAAGAUCUAUUUAAAACGGAGAUUUAACCAAAAUCUAAAUUGAAAAUUUUUAGAAAUUAAUAGAUUCAAGUGCAAACAAAGCAUUAGAUUCAAAAAUAGAUUAGCCUAUCAGUAUCAAUAUUAAAUCACCAAAGUAGUUAUUCUCAAUUUAAUAGAAUAAUUCUUCGAAUUCUUUAAAUAGUCCAACCGCAUUGCUAUUUAAAAAACAUUCAAACAGGUAAUAACGAUAAAGAUUUAGCAUCAAUAAAUAUAAAAUGAAUACAAAAUCAUUUGGCAAUAUCGAUAAAGAAACAUAAAAUUGA